AACCGCGACGUUAUGUCAGUUUUAUUGACAGUCGCAAACAUACAGCCAGUGACGAUGCACAUGUUCACGUGCAGAUAAAAUAUUGGCGCGAAUAAUUUCAUCGUAGUAAAUAAACAGUGGGAAGUGAUUUUGAAUAAUUUGUGAUGACUGAGACAUUAAAAUAUGUAUUGCGUAUUAUCGUAGUGACGACUUUAUACUAUACUUUGAUCUGUGUGUUUAAAGAAAUCAAACGAUUUAUUUUGACUGGUGCACAGACGGAGGUUUAAUAACAUUGGAUUGUUUUAGCGUGAAAAUUGAUAAUAUUCAUAAUGGCGGACUCGGAUAUUUUCAAUUUUACAGAAGACAACGGAAACGUACAACAAAGUGAACUGUCCAAGUUCUCUCCUACCCUGCUGACGUUUGCGGCGAUCGUGACGGGCGUCAUCAUGGUUGUAGGGCUGUUCGGUAAUUUGCUCACGGUGGUUGCCCUUCUCAAGUGCCCCAAAGUACGGAACGUGGCUGCUGCAUUUAUUAUAAGUUUAUGCAUAGCAGACUUUCUAUUCUGUGCGGUGGUGCUCCCAUUCGCCAUAUCAGGGUUCUGGACCCGCACGUGGUCCCACGGCGGGGCUCUCUGCAAGAUGGUGCCGUUCCUUCGCUACGGCAACGUCGGGGUCUCCCUACUGAGCAUUGCCCUCAUUACUUUGAAUAGGUACAUAAUGAUAGCCCACCACAGCUGGUACGCGAGGGUGUACCGUAAACACAACAUAGCGCUUAUGAUUGUCUUCUCGUGGAUGUUCUCGUACGGGAUGCAGAUACCGACCCUCAUUGGAGUUUGGGGUAAAUUCGACUACGAUCAAGAAUUGGGUACAUGUUCCAUAGUGCCGGACGAUAAUGGUCGUUCAGCGAAGACUGCACUCUUCGUUAUAGCCUUCAUAGUUCCUGCGAUGCUUAUCUUCAUCUGCUACGCGAGGAUCUUUUGGGUCGUCCACAGUUCAGAGCAAAGGAUGCGUGAGCAUCAACGCUCUCAACACAACAUCCCUGGAACCCUCAACAACGGCAGUGACAAGCGUUCAACGAUCAAAGAUACUAGAGAAACCAAAGCACGUCGCAAUGAAUGGAGGAUAACGAAGAUGGUGUUGGCCAUCUUCCUCUCAUUCCUGGUCUGCUACCUGCCCAUCACUAUCGCAAAAGUCGCUGAUAGUCACGUACAUUACCCUGUAUUCCACAUAGCGGGCUACCUCCUCCUGUACGCGAGCGCAUGCGUGAACCCAAUCAUCUACGUGAUAAUGAACGCGCAGUACCGCGCAGCCUACGCAGCCGCGCUCUGCUGUCCCCUGUCGCGGCUGUCGGGCCUCACCAGCGAAAUGGAACGAGCGUCACGGGUACAGCUUCAGCAACACACGAACGGUGCUAAGCCAAGUAUCGCUAGCGGACUCCAGGGCAGACCCUCGGGGCUCCCUUCCCUCUCCAAGGUAGACAUCUACCCCGGAUCCAGGCCGAGCUCCAGUUUCGGGCCAAGAAACGAGACGGCUACCAGCGGGUUGGGAACGAGAGGAACUUUGAUCAAGAUGACGAGAUUCGAAGUGGACCAAAAUCGCUCUUAGUCUGUCGCUUUUUAGCUAGACGAACCAAAGAUAUUUUUUUUAUUAAGUUAGUUUUUUGUUUUUUAUGCACUCAAGUGUCCUGCGAAUUAUGUUUAGAUAUAAAGUUCUUAAAUACUUCUAGAAUUAAUAACUAAAUUCAUUGCGAAAUCUCAACUGCCUUAAAAUACUUAUAUAAUAUGGUGUAGUAUUGAAGUCAACGUCAUUCUAAACUGACUUCAGUAAAGGAAGAGUUUCUUCAGUAUUACAAUAUUGAAGUCAACGUUAUUCUAAACUGACUUCAAUAAAGGAAGAGUUUCUUCAGUAUUAUAAAAUACGUAUAUCCGUCCAGCUAAAAAGCGACACACAGGCUAUAGCUUUACUAGUGUUUGUAUAUAGUUAGGUGCCUAUUUAUGAUAUUGUAAUUUUUAAACAUAAGACAAAAAUGGUUGUUUAUAUAAUGAAGACCUUUUAUUUUGUGCUCGAAUUUGGAGUUGUUAGACAGUUACCACCAUUUUAAACCACCUAAGAUACAUUCCAAAAUGUAGUUUGUAUUUGUAUAUUUGUACAUUCCAGUACCUUUUUGUAUUAGUAUUUACCUACCUAAUUAUUAUUUAUGUUUUGCGGAAGUUUUAAUUUAGGUAACGACCAAAAAAAUAUAUUGAUAGUUAUGUAAUGUGAAUUUUAACGAAUCAAUUUUUAAUUUAUUACGAAACAACAUAUUUUUCGAUUACGAUUAAGACGUACACCUGUGUAUUUUUAGACAACAUACUUAAAUGUUUAAUAUAAUUCAGAGAAUUUUCAAUUAAAUGACAUGGUGUACCUUUAAAUUAAAUAUUUUUAUUGUAAUGUAUUUACUUAGCUACAAUGCCAUAUUAGUUUUUAAGAAAUGGAAUUUUUAAUAUAAUUGACGGAUAUUAUUGUAUUUAAUUGUUCUUAUCUACUUAGCGGUAAAUUUACCUAUUUGGAGAUUGUUAAUUUGCAAUAAAAAAUACAUACUGUGAA